UAAGAAUAUUUAUUGACAAUAACAAACUGAAAACUCCAUCUUCAAUAAUCUUUCAAAGUAGGAUAAUCAGAUACAAAAAAAUGAAUCGAGAACCUCUGAACGGGGAAGUUAUUAAAACUGAUGAUGGGCAAUAUAUUCGGUACAAUGCGCAAAUAGGGUGUUACGAACUUCUGGAGCUCCAAUCUACAUUACAGCCGAGAUCACAGCCUCCUGACAGUGGUACUAAUGAAGUUGAGAUAAUGGAUAAUGAUAUCUCUUCAGGAGAUAUCUCUUCUGUAGAGGAUAUCUCUGCAGAGGAUACAUCGGUUACAGAUAUGUUUCCAAAAAGAAGAUUGUGGGAUCUGACCACAACUCUGCUUAUGUUGGACGAAUGUACAACCCAUAAAAAGGAACUAGCAGACCCAAAAAUGAGAAAUACUGCAGUCUACAAAAAGAUUUCCAUGAAAAUGAAAGAACAUGGAUACAACUUCACACCAGAGCAAAUACAGAACAGAAUGAAAACAUUAAUCAGCAAAUACAAAGAAAUUAGAGAUCACAAUGCUGGAAGUGGUAAUUCUUUCAAGGAUUGGGAGUAUUAUGAACUGAUGGAGAAUUAUAUGGGAAGAGCUCCAAAUAUAACCCCAGUAGCUUCAUGCUCUAGUUUAGGCAAUAAUAUAAUAAAUGCCAUAAAUGCAAAGAAAAUCAUAAAAGAAAAAAACUGUGACACUGAUAAAAUCUCCAGUUCUACAGUACCUUCACUACAGUCGAGCAGUAAAUCUAAUGUAAUGGUUGAUAGAAGUGCUGGAAGUAGUGAAACUCAAAAAAAAACUAAACGUAUCCGUUCUAGUCCAAGAGUAGAGAUGCUAGCAUUUCUCAAAGAAUAUAAAGAGGAUGUUAGAAGGAGGGAACUUGAACGCAUGAGAAUAAUGAAAGAGCAGCAUCAAGAAACCAAGGAAAUGGUCUCCGAACUGAUUUCAAUACUCAGAAAAUCCAAAGAAAAAGAGUGAAAUUAAAUACCUACAAUGCAUUCAAUGUAUAUUUCGUUUUCCUUUUUUGCUUAUUCUGGACAUGUUGUAAUGUCAUAAAAAUUAUAGAAUAAUGUUAGUUAAUUUCCAGUACAAAUUAUGAUAAGAGGAAAUAAUUUAUUUUUGUUAUUAUGUGGAUAAUGAAAUGCC